AUGGAUAUCGUAUUGAAAUCACUUUUUCACUUACUUCUGAUCACGGGAUGGAUUAGCUAUUCACAGAGUCAAUUGAAUUAUUGUCUAAAAUCGGUUGGAUGUUAUGAUGAUGAAUGCUGUUUCAAUAUUAUACCUAAAACUGGUCCUGUUUGUGAUCCAAUACCUGGUUGUGCAGCUUAUUUUCAACCAGAGUGCUGUAGAAAUGCAAGACCAGUGCAUACAGAUUAUGGAAUUAUGUAUGGCUAUGCAAUUUCGUUAGAUAGUGAAUAUGGUUAUCAGGAGAAUGCAAGAAGUUAUCUUCAAAUUUGGAAGGGUAUUCCUUAUGCACGUCCACCGACAAGAGAGAACAAUUUGAGAUUUCGUCGACCUAUACCACCAGCCCUGUCUACAGAGAAAUAUGAUGCAACCUACUUUCGUUCAGCUUGUUCUCAGCCAAGUUUAAGUCCACGCAGUUCAUUUACAGAAUGGUCUAAAUAUCCACAUGAAUGGUUUAAACGAUUCACAUUGGUACAAACAGAUGAAGAAGCCUCAAAUAUCAGUGAAGAUUGCCUUUAUCUUAAUAUAUACAAUUUAAAAGUGUCAGACACUUCAACUACAACUAAUUUUAUCAAUGGGAAUCAGAAGAGAUAUCCAAUAAUUGUAUUUUUCGAUGGUGUAGAUCAUUUAACCGGAUCAGCAAAUCGUUAUCCUGGACAUGCCUUAGCUCAAUUAGGACUAGUGGUUGUCACAGUGAAUUACCGUCUAGGCCCAUUCGGUUAUCUUUCCAAUAAAGUUCAAAGCCAGGAAGGUGAAUACAAGGAUGACAAUGAUGAGAUAUUAUUGGGAAACUAUGCAUUAUGGGAUCAAGUUAGAGCUUUGGAAUUUAUAAGGGAACAUGCAGAGAAAUUCCUCGGUGAUCCUAACCAAAUUACUGUGGUGGGUCAUGGUUCAGCUGCAGCUGAUAUUGCACUUCAUCUCUUGUCAGAGAAGUCAGGUCGGCGAAAUCCACCAUUGUUUCACCGUGCUAUUUUGAUGUCUGGAUCAGAUCAGAUGGAGGGAGGUUUUGUACAAAGUGUAGAUGAAUCCGAAGAGUAUGCUAAACAGUUUGCCUAUCAGGUUGGAUGUGAUACUUCAUCAAGACGUUCAAUGAUUAGUUGUCUACGAUCUCGUACUGCUGUGGAACUUUCAAAUUCUGCCAGUCAAACAAGAAUUCAUCGGCCAAAUUGGCUUACAAAACCAUGGGCACCAAAUUUAGACUAUGAUUUUAUUCAAGAUAUGCCAAAUUUUCUAUGGAAAAAUGGUCACUAUGCUCAUAUACCUGUCAUUGGAGGUUUAUUAGUGGAUGACGGGGUUUUUCAUGCACUGGCUUCAAUUUAUCAGAUAGGCAGUCCUUCAGACUGGAAUUUUAUCAGUCAAACAAAUCAACUGGAUACAGACUCAAAUUUACCCAAUCCAAAUGUUGAGUUUUCUGGAAUGUCAGUUGAUCUCAUGCGUGCAGGGUUUAUGGAAAUGGUAAAACGUGAUUUUGCACUGGAUCCGGUCGGCAUGACUGAUGCACUAUGCUUUUAUUAUACCUAUUGGCCUGAUAAAGACAAUUCAAUGAAACGAUGGGAAAUGUAUCGUUCAGCUUGGACAGAUCGAUUUAUCGGUUCAGGUAUUAUUGAAACGCUUAGGUAUCAUUCACAUCCAAAGUUUGCAGAGAAAAAGUUCGAUCCGGUGAACAAUCAGUAUCUUCCAGUAAAUCGUACCCAGAUGUAUGUAUUUGGAUAUAUGUCGGACAAUGAUUUAUGGGCCAGAAUAAUUGGUGUCUAUCCUGGCUCAGAACUACAAUACCUGUUUGGAUUACCUUUAUUACGCUUAUAUAAAUCUCAAGAAAGUGUGAAAGAAGAAUGGCCAACUGAUUUAGGCCUUAAACCUCCUCGAUAUGCAUACAAUCAAGUGGAUGUGAAAAUGGCCGGUUAUAUGCUUUCAUUUAUAUCAAAUUUUGCUAAAAGUUCCAAUGCUACACCCCAGUCAAUUCGUAAUCUAACCUGGGAUACAUUCAGAAUAGAGAAUGCCACAUAUUUAUGGUUAAAUUUAACAUGGAACAAUACCUUGUCAGAGAGUCAUCGUCCAGAUUUAGAAAUUCAGGGGAUUGGAGCUGGUUUUGAUUUAAGACAAAACUAUAAAUUUCAUAGCUAUGCUUACUGGCGUCAUUUUUAUCCUAAACAACUUUUAUGGCUGCCAAGAUUUUCAUUGCCAACACCUUUACCGAUUGAUUUGGAAGACUAUCGUUUAGCGUCAUUCUUUCUUGCUGUUUACAUUAUGGUCAAAAACUAA